UAGUGGAGGCUUUCGGAACGAGAUUUGAGGGAAGAUUGAAGACAACAACAAAUCUACCGUUUCUAUAUUCCAUCACGACGUUAGAAAAGGUAUGUAUUAUUGUGGGAAUCAACAAUCAAAUAUAUUGCUUAUUGCGCGACGAUCAAUUGGGCUGAUUUGAUGUGGUAGUCAUCAAGAUGAGUUUCGUUACACGCAGAGCUCUUUCCACCCUUAUCCCUCCCAAGGUAUAUCUUUAAUACCCCUCUAGACUCCUCACUUACACAUGGAACUAACUCAACAAUAGGUUGCCUCUCCAUCUGUAAGUUCUAAUUGUCGGCAUAGAUUCGGAUUUGUUUACGGCUCGAGCCUUCGUCUUCCACUGCAUAUACCGAAAUACAAACCGCACAAAUACAAUCUCUAACAACAAAAACAGGGACUUGGCGCUGCCAAAGAUGCCGCCCGUAUGCAACGUGUAGUCAGCUUCUACGAGAAACUUCCCCGAGGACCAGCACCAGAGGUCAAGGCCAAGGGUUUGUUGGGCAGAUACCAAGCCAAGUACUUUGGAAAGAACCCAUCAGCUACACCUAUCAUUCACGUCUUGGUCUUUUUGGUUGGUAUUGGUUAUGCUCAGAACUACUACUUCCACUUGCGUAAGUGAUGAAAUAUUUGGGCCUGCGUGAGUUAAUAGACAACUAACAAGACUGGGAUAGGUCACCACAAGAACAAUGCUCACUAGAUGGAUGGUUUAGGAGAGAGGAGGCGGGCGGGAAGAAUAACAUACGCGGGCAUUGUGUUAGUUGGGUGUAAAUAAGGGAAAGAAUAGAUGAAUACCAGUCAAGUUGUUGGUUGAAUUCUAUGCGUUGUGGUCGUCAAGUUGGUGUGAUGCAAUUUAGGCCCCCAGGCACUCCCAACAACGAUUAUGAGGCACGACCAGCCCGACUCAUCAAUACGCUUUUAGUUACAGAGAAUCUUC